GUGUGUGUCCUUUAAAUAUAACCUAAAAUGGUAGUUGUGAACAUUUUGGAAAAAUAGAAACGCAACGAAAAAAUAUAUAUAAAAUAGAUAAAGUAUAUAAAAAUAUAUACAAAUGCAAAAAUAUAGAUGCGUUCUACACUCUAGAUUCCGGUCUAGAUUUGUUGUUAAACGUUUUUAAUAUGUCAAGUGAAAAAUCACAAAUAUAUAAAACUGACCAAAAUAGCCUGAAAAAAGCAAUAGAACUAUUUAGCAAUGUUAAAAAAGAGGGAAAAAGAAAAAAAUGUGACGGAGAUGAAAACAACUUACAAAAAUAUCAACAAUAUUGCUCUCCAAUUAUUAGUAAUUCCAGUAAAAAGUCUAAUUUAACAGCUUUAGCUUUUUCUCCUAGUUUUGCCCUAAUUGAAAUGCGUUCAUGUUUAAUGAGACAUGAUUGGAUUAGCUUGCAAAGACUUUUUCCAUUGUUAUUAGAACUUCCAAAUGAUAAAGAAACAAUAAUAUGGAGGUAUGCUUUUACAAUACUGCUGCAUAGUCCAAUAAGUAGUGCUGUUCAUCUUGAAGAAUUCCUAAAUCUUUGUGUUGGUUGUCAGAAUGAUAAUCUUAGUUGUGUACUAGAACAGUUGAUAACACUGAACUCGUUAAAAAAAUCAUGAACUUAUCUUGCUUACAAAUUUAUUUUGAUAACAGUAAGUGAUGAACAAUUAUAAAAAUGUUUUUUAUAAAAUAAUUUAAUAUUUAUAUUAACAAAUAAAAUCUAUUCGUUCACGUUGUCCUUUAUUCAGACG